AUGCCACUUAAUUUCGAGUACGCUAGAGACAUAAGAGCGGUAUUCAAGAUUUUAGAAUUUUCAGUUGGUGUUGGUGUGAUAGUUUCAAUUGUUGUUGCUGAUCACUAUCGAAUUACUGUAGUUGUUGGUUGUCUAGCAUUCUUUGCAUUAGUAGGGACAUUAACUUCAAUGUUUUUCUUCGUUUCGCACCUCUUCAGCUUCGUUUACAAAAUUCCUGGACCUGUUACAUUGAUUGAAUUUAUUUCCAUAAAUUUCUGUGCUAUCUUGGCUUUUAUUGCAAUGAUUAUAACAGCUGCAAUUGGUGCAGGUUCAGCAGCUGCAAUAGCUUCAGCAAUUUUAUUUGCAGUUAGCUUCGUGUUUUACGGUAUCGAUACAUUCAUCUUAUUUUCAUAUUAUCGACUGAAUGGUGGUUACGUGAAUGAUCCUAAAAUUAAAAAACGUCCUAACAUACCUCCAAAAGUUAACCAGAUACCAGAAGCUCUGACACGAGCUGGAUUUUCAAAUGAUGGAUUCCUGAGUGGAUGA